AUGGAUUUAUCAGCAUUGCUGGUCGACGACGUUGGAAAAAAUAGUGGUGUUGCUUUUUACACCAUUCUCAACUCUCAUAACAUCCUAUGUAUAGUAUCGCUACAGAAUCAUAGAAAGACCAAAAUGCCCGCGUCCACGGUCUCCGCUGCCUCUCGCCGAGAUGGGAACAAAACGAAGGAAAAGAAGUUAAGGUUCUCCCUGAUCAUUAAUGCGUGAAUGAAUCCCUUUCAUUCUCAGGAGCAGCUUUCUGUCGCUAAAGCUCUCAUACAUAUGAAUAUGAUCUUUAAGAAACAUAGACAUUGCUGUUCUUGUUCUUCUGAUCAUCUCUAAGAUGAAACGAGGUCUCAAAAGUGUUGCGAGCUUUACUUCGGGAGGUUCGGAAAGGCAGCGCGAGCCUUGAAUUUUGGAGGCGCAAGGAGCCUCUCCUGCGUCAGCAAGAGUCCGAGCUGCUUGUGAAAGAAAAGGAAGUAUCGAAGCGCACGCGCGUGCAUCAGAAAGAACAUACCAACUUAUUAACCGAGAUCGCGCAGAAAGAUGGUGAGUAUAUUUAUAAUGAUUUGCAGUAAGUAUUCACUCCAUCAAAUUCAAAUGUGCUUGGUAGCAGAUCAAUCAAUCUUUUUAUUUGUUGAUAUGUCUUUGACGUAGGUAGGUGAUGUUAAUCGUAUCUAUAGUCUACCACAUCAGCUUCAUCUUGCUGCGUCCUCACCUUGGAUUCCUUCUAUCUACUGUCCUUUUUUGAUAUGCAUAGGUCAGCUGGCAACGCUCGAGGGUCUUCGAUCCAAGCUGCAGGCUGACCUCGAUGACAUAGUGACGCAGUACGAGAGAGCAGCCGAGCAAGCUAACAUACAGCGACAGAAGGUGAAUGCCGAUGUUCAGGCUCGACUGGCAAGCGUGAAAGAGCAUAUCCGCAAACAGACAGAGCAAAAGAAUAUGGCUUCUCCGAAGUUCGUUGUCACGUUGGUUUUAGUUUCUUUCCCAGAACGCGUACUAGGGUAGUUGAGUACUACUAGAACUUCAACCUCAUGAACGAAAUUUUCUUGGGCUGUUUCUUCCAGUUUUUUUUGGCGUCCUUCGAUAAACAAACAUAAGUACAAUUAUACCAACAACAAGUAGACGAUCAUCGCAAACCACCCGCGCGCAUGCACCACUUCUUGGAUUCAUCAUCACUUUUUCCCAUCUUCAUAAGAAUUGAAGACAAGGUAGCUAGCGAGGAUUUAAAACGGCAGUUCCGUGAAGCAGCCACAACAUACGAACAUCCCGGAUCGGAGCAAAUAGAUGCGCUGAGUGAAGAACGCAUUAAGCGAUUGGACGGAGAAAUGCAAGCUUUUUCUGAGGAAUUGAAAGUUAAGUAUGUCUUUUCUUUGUUUUUUUUCAUCUUCAGCCAGGUAUAGAUCAGUUAGCAACCGUGUGUCGAGAAUGAGCAAAUAAAUAUCAAGCAUGAUCAGUAUAAAUAAAGGAAUUUCCUGCGCUUUAAUGAAAAGUGCAAAAUUCGCCGCAUCUUCAGUGAGCGUAGGGGAGAAGAAUUGGAGAAGCUUAUCGAAGCGCUGUCGCAGCAAGAGCAGGACUUCGCAUCGUUAUGCCUCUCUAUUUUUUCAAGGUAGCUCUUUCACGUAAGAUGAAGUACCAUAAGGAUAUAAGCAACAUGAUAAAAAAACGGAACUAGCAUGAUCAAAGUAAUUUUUACGUAGUCGUAGUUGCCGAUCAACAUAAUAAAAAGCCUAAACACGACCUAAUCGUCCUUUUUCUACUUCACGAUUGCUCUUCUGGGUGGUAGUGGUUUUAUUCCCUUUUUGUUCAUGCUCCCGCACAAAGGCUUUUCGUGACACAACGGCGAAGUCGAAAGCGGCACUGCAGAAAUACAGGCGGGAAGUAGCGCAAUUGCGUCGCGAGAACCAGCAGGCAGAAACUGGCAUCAAGAAGCUGCGUCGUGAAAUAGGUGGCGAUGCUGCAUUCGACAGCCUAAUUGCAGAUGUAGAGAAUCUAGAACGGAGUCUCGGCCUGCUUUCCUCGUCGGCUGCCGCAGAAGCCGCGAGUAAAGCUCAGUUGGGAGACGUCGCAGAACGAGAUACCACAACAUUAGGAGUAGAGGGUGCUAUUUGUGAUGCAUCAGGAGGAGCUGGAACGAUAGAACCAGAUGAUAGCGGUAGUUCGACGAUCGUUGUUAGUGCAUCUGGCGCAGCAGAGGGAGAGGUUGUGUCAACAAUGAAAGGCGAGGAUGGCGGUCAGGCGACAGGAGAAGAUCCUGCGACAGAUGCUUCAGCGGGCGCAGACGCAACUGGGUGUGACGAUAAGCGGAACUUCUCGCCAUCCUCGACGGGUCUGAAAUCACCAGCAAGGGUGACUUCACAAGCACGUGGUGCGGACCCGCUUCAAAAGGAGCAGGAUCAGCGGACGAUCCCUUUGCACGAAGGCAGCACCCAGAUAAGCGGAUCAACCGUUGCCGCAUCGUCUUCUACAUCGCCGAUUCACGCUUCGGACCGAACGCCAUAAGACACAAAAGAGCAAGAAAGUCAAUGAUCCAUCCAAGACGAAGAAGUGAGUGCGUUUGAGUUUGAUAGAAUUUGAAUUUCUUAUCUUGCUCUUGCUUAUGCCGAGAAGUGUUCUGUUGUUUCUAUGUAUAGGCAAAUCCAUCUGACAGACUGCAAAGACGUCAAAGUUAUCGUCUUGAGUGCUGCUCUGUCUGCAACUGUAUGAGAAAUUCACUUUUCUGGUCGCCGACUCGUGUUGAGUAUGUUUCAUGGAGA